GUAUUCUAUUGGAUCACUUUGACGUCAAUCGCUAAAAUUCAGGCUUCAGCGCAAACUACUGGUUCGCUUCUUUUCAAUCAGCAGUCCUCUCUUCGCCCAUUGGCUAGCUCCGUCGUCACUCGGGCAACCAGCCGCUCCAGGAUUGGCCCCCGUGCGCGGGCGGUGUCUCGCGCUGGGUAGCUCUCGGAGGCUAACGGUGAGCGAAUGUCGUCAUGAGCGGUGGGUAGGAAUUAAAACACCAACAGGAUAGCAUGGCAGCCACAGCAGCUGUAAGCCCUAGUGAGUACCUGCAGCCAUCUGCAACAACAGCACAGCAAGAUUCCCAGCCCUCUCCCCUUGCUAUGCUGGCAGCGACAUGCAGUAAGAUAGGACCUCCCGCAGCUCAAGCCCCGGCAAGCACCACACCAGCCCAGCCCGCCACCAGGAGACUCCACCCCAUCAAACCCGCCCCCAUCGCCCCGGCGCCCCCUAAAAACUACGGCUUCCUGUCCACGAAAGGGAACGUCAUACAGAUCCCCGCGGGCCUGGGCUCUUCCAACACGGCCGGCACUCCCCUUGUGUUUACCAUCCAGAACCCUCCUGUCCUGGGCAAGGGUGCCCGCUCCAAUGCCAGCAUCCAGUACCAGGUGGUGCCUCAGUUUCAGACGGCCGGCGGGCAGGCGAUACAGGUUUCAGGCGUGCCCCAGAGCGGGCACAGCCAGAUACAGAUCAUUCCCGGCACCAACCAAGCCAUCAUCACCACCACCGCGCAGCCCCCUCCUCUCGCAGCCCAGCAAAAGACAGUGGCUAUCAAGCCCUCGCAGAAGGGGCAGAACUCCGCCGGCAUGGUCAAGCUGCCCUGUGGGUUAACGCUGCCCCUCAACAGCUUCAUCGGGGACGGAGGCACGACCCAGUUCAUCACAGAAGCCGCUCCUGUUUCACCGGUUAAGACAACAAGGAGGUCUAGGAAGAAACUGGCGGCAGCACAAGCAGUAGCCAUGGCUCAGCCUCAGCAGCAGCAGCAGUCUGUGGCUGUAGCAGAGCAAGUGGAGACCCUGCUGAUCGAAACCAUGGGAGAUAACUUCAUCCAGGCUGGAAACAACUUGCUGAUCUUGCAGAGCCCCGGAUCGGGCCAGCCAGCGGUGCUGCAGCAGGUCCAGCUGCAGCAGCCUCAGCAGCAGCAGCAGCAGCACGUGGUCCAGAUCCCACAGCAAGCCCUCAAGGUGGUACAGGCUGCUUCCGCCACGCUGCCCACGGUCCCACACAAACCCUCGCAGAACCUGCAGCUGCAGACUGCAGCAGAACCAACUCAGGUCCUUAUCAAAACUGCUUCUGGGGAAUGGCAAGCGAUUCAGGUGCAGGAAGCCACCCCAAUGGCCAGCUCUGGAGGCGUGGGCACAACACUGAGUCUCGCGCCAGGGGGCGGCAAAAGGGGGGGUCCCGGGGGACGGAAAGAAAGGACCUUCCCCAAGAUCGCCCCAGCCGGGGGGCUCAUCUCUCUGAACACAUCCGCGCAGGGAGUGCAGACCAUCAAUAUCAACGGAGUGCAGGUGCAGGGCCUGCCCGUCACCAUCACCAGCGCUGGAGCAGGACCGCAGCACCUGACAGUCCAGACGGUUUCUGGAAACAACCUGACAAUCAGCGGCCUGAGUCCAUCCCAGGGAAACCAGCUGCAGGUGGAGCACGCGCUGGCUCUGGAGAUCCAGGGGCAGCCCGGGGAGAAGAAACGACGCAUGGCCUGCACCUGCCCCAACUGCAAGGACGCGGAGAAAAGGCCGGGGGAGCUGGGAAAGAAGAAGCACAUCUGCCACAUCCCGGGGUGUGAGAAGACGUUCCGCAAGACCUCUCUGCUGCGGGCUCACGUGCGCCUGCACACGGGGGAGCGGCCCUUUGUCUGCAACUGGGUGUUCUGCGGGAAGCGCUUCACACGCAGCGACGAGCUGCAGAGACACGCCAGGACGCACACAGGAGACAAGCGCUUUGAGUGCUCGCAAUGCCAGAAGCGUUUCAUGAGGAGCGAUCACCUCACCAAGCAUUACAAAACUCACAUGAACACCAAGAACUUGUGAAACUAAAAAUAUAUAUAGAACAUAUUUUUUAAAGAAAAUUGAAAGAAAAACAUAAAAAACGGAAGAGAAAGAAGUAAAGAAACAUCUACGUCCGGUACUGGAAUAAAUUUGGUUGGUCUUUAAGCCAGCAGUGCCAUUUAACCAUUUUUAACAAUGCUUCCUGGUCGUAACUCCACAAAGCAAUGUACUUUAAUUUUUUCGUUUGGUUUUGUUUUUAGUUUUUUUUUUUUAGUUUUUUUUUUUAUUCCAACCAUGGCUUUGUAAAACAGAUUUAUUAAAUGAACUUCCUUUUUUUUUUUUGCACCUGGAUGUACAAACAAGAAAAAACAGAACUGCUGUGAAAUUCUCAACUUUCUAAUUAUUUUUUUUAUUUUUUAUUUUCCAGUCUUGUGUGUAAGUUCAACUAUGUCUGCAACUCAUCACCGUCCAAAUUACAGUUUUUUUUAUUUAAAAACUCCCAGAACUUUUUAAUAUGGAUGCCUUUUUUAUUAUUAAUUUGAUCAGUUAAAAACUGGUAUUCACUCUGUCCUAAAUGUUUUCCAGCUAUUGAGACAAGGGUUAAUUUUUCAUGUUUUCUGCCCUGUUAUAGAACUGAUUUGCCUUGUGGUUCAGAUUUCGCAGGGUGACUGACCUGGAGGUCAAUGUUUUAUUCUGUUUGCUGUUAACUGUAAGAAAAAAAUACAAAACAAACAAAAAAAAAAUAUUAAUAAUAAAAUACAAAUGGUGUAUAUCUAUAGUUCAGAGUGUUGACCAGCAAUUUGGACUGGGCAAGGUUUAAACUCAAGAGGGUGGAAAAUAAAGCUUUGUACAGUAUAACUGUAUAUUUCAAGAAAUGCAACAAUAUGUUAUAUAGCUCAUUCCUACUUUAUAUAAGAAACUAAUUAAAGACCUCUUUUAGAUAUCCGUUUUUAUUUCUAUUGAUUAAAAAAAAAAAGUUGCCUUAGAUAAAUUGCACCCCGUAUUAAAAAUAAAUAUGUGUAUCAUGAGAGCAGCUUUCCUAGUUUAUUUAAUUUUUUCUAUUUUAAUAAAAAAAAAUUAUAUAUAUAUAUACACAUAUACAUAUAUGUGUGUGUGUGUAUAUAUAUAUAUAUAUAUAUGUGUGUGUGUGUGUGUGUGUGUGUAUAUAUAUAUAUAUAUAUAUAUAUAUAUAUAUAUAUAUAUAAUUGGGUUUUUUUUGUUUUAUUGCUGCAAAAAUGGUGAUGUUUGAGGUUCGAAAUCAUAUAAAAGUCCAGGGGUUGUAUAGUAAAUGUUAAUGAAUCCUAUUUUAUAGCAGUUUUAAGACGCGCCUGAGCUUAAGAAACAUUAAAGCUAAGUUUCUUCUGGUCAGUGUUUCUGUGUUUGGAGUGAAGCGUUCCUAUUGAUCUCUUAUUCAAAUUUCGGAAAAAACUUACUGAAGUGUUGUGCGGAAUUGUAUUUCGAGUUUGGGCUGACAGAGUUGAAUUGUCACAUGAUUUGAGCAGAGUGAGGACAGCUGUUCAGUACCUGGCAUUUAGGAUUCUUUUGACAAGCUCAACAUAGCCAGCCAGCCAGCUGAAGGCACAUUUUCGUAAAACAAAACUAAAUAAAUUCUGUUUUGAGAAUUCUGCUUUCACUCAACCUGCACAAUUCAAGUCUUAAUCGCAACAAGGCGAUUGUAAAAGCCAGGAGCGGAUCAAACUGCUAUUCAAUGGGGACCCAGUUUCCAGCCCUGUGCGGUCCAUUUAAGGGUCAUCCGAACUAUAUCUGUAUCAUGCUUAGGAAAAGUAGAAACUAAUUUUGUAUAUUGUCCAACUUUAAUAAUAAUUGUGUCUCUUUACAGUAUGUAUAUAGGGAUCUCAUUUGGUACUUAAUGAUUUUAUAACUAAUUUCCAAGAAGAAAAAAAAAAAGCCAAGUUAAAUUAGCUGUUGGUUUUAGGUUAUCCAUUCUUUCUUCAGUCCCCCAAAUAAAUUAUUCUGUACAGGUAUAAGUGCCUGAAUUUGAAUCUGAAUGUUUCAAAUAUUGUGGUGCAGCGCUGACCAGUUGAUAAAAUGAAAUAAGAGCUGAAAAUGUUAAAUUUCUAUGACAGCAAUUCAAACCAUUAUGGUGAAGGACUCCUAGAUGAGGAGGGGGAGAAAAACACAGUACAUGAAAGUUUAAUUAAUAACAUUUGUUUUGUGGGCUACAUAUAUAUAUAUACCUUUCUCCUUUUACAAGGGAUUUUAAAAUAAGUAGUUUUUUUUUUUUUUUUUUUUAAUAAAUAAAUACAAAACAUGUCUGUAUUUCCACAAGUAAGCAGCACACUUGUACAAUAGCUUAGUUGAAAAUGUUGUAUUUAAUAGUGUUUUCAUAGUUGCGAAUCAUACUGCCAUUGCAUAGCAGUUCAAUCAUGUGAUUUUUUAAUUGGUGGAGGUUUAGCGUGCAGUAAAACCUGAAAUUGCUGUAUAUAACAGUAGAAUUGGCGCCUUUUUUCCAUCUUUUUUGAAGGGAUAAAUUCCCUAACAACCAGUGCAACAUGUUCUUCCUCUUAAAAUAAAAGCAAUACACAUUGUUCAUAAAAAAGUACAAAUUAAAUAAACCACAGUACCAUUUCAAUAAAUUAAGAACUUCAA